UGCAAGAAGUUUGAAGGCGUGAAAGAAUAUUUACCUUAAAGUUGUAGCUUGACGAUUCUUGAAACCCCAUCCUUGUUAUUGAACUUAAAAACCCUAGCAUGAUGAUUGAACUUGCAACAGCAGUUUAAAGAUUCGAGGAUGCUUUCAACAUGUAGAGUAAUCGAUCGAUUUACCGUUUUGUCAUAAUUUUUUUUUAUAAGAUCUGGAGUUGUUCGAGAGAGUAGCGAAAAUGGAGAGUGAAUGAAGAAAUAUCGAGUGAGAAUGCGAAUGGUUUCUUUUUUUUUCUAGAGAAGAAGAGAGAAAUAUGACAAGAUUCAACCCCUUCACCAAACAUCCUUGGAAUUCUUCCCCAACCCGAAUUAUACAUAAAAAAAACUAAAUUAUUAUUUUACGAGUAAAAAAAAUUCAAACUUUUCAGAAGGUAGAAUAGGAAAGUAAUUUUUUAGGAAAUAGAAAGAUAGCCUGACGAAAAUGAAGACUCAUCAUAGAAAAGAAAAAGAAAAAAAAAGGCUCAUUGUGAAAUAACAUGGGAUAAAAACCUUAUGAACAGUAGCCGAGCUCCUAUUUUAUAUAUCCCCUAAAUUUGACCACCGCUUUCCCCAAAACUCAAUUUCUCCCUUCAUUCCUUUCCCCAUUUUCUCGACCCUGAGUUUAUUUGGAUUCCCCCUGUCUUCUCCUCCUCCUUCUCUUCGUCAUUUCUCCAACAUGACGAACAUGGAGGAUGCUGAUAUUGGGAGAGGUCCUCAUCAACGCAGACAAGGCUGCAGAUCAAACAAACAGUCGCUGAUUCGUAUCCAUGGCGGUGGCGUCGUCAACCUUGGUGGCUUGGCUCUGUUCGGCGGAGCCCUGGCCGUCGGAGGCCUCGUCGCCACUUUUAUUUUCAGGAAAAUCAAGGACCCUGAGGAUAACAAGAAAAGCACCCGCCUCGCCGGAGACCAACAUGAACAACAGAAGAAGCAGAAAACGUCCGAUAAAGCUUCCAUUCAUGAUGAAACUCUGGAAGGAAAUCAGGCUGCGGCUGUGGCCCAUGAAACACCAGAAGAAAUCAACAUCACGCCCACCCAUCGCAACGGCGAUGAUACGGAAGCAUCUUCAUCCGAUGAAUCCUCCUUGCCACCAGAGGAUGAUGUUGAAGCCACGAUGGAGGCGGAUGGAGGAGCGGAAGCCACAAAGCUGAAUGCCGAUAAAGAGAUUUCGGCAGGGUACGAUGAAGAGCUCGAGGAAGACGAAGGCGAAAACAGAGGAGAAGGAGAAGCUUUUGAUCCAGAAAUUGAGGCUUUUUUUGCGGGAGGAGCAAUGACAAUGCCUGCAGCCACGGAGUCCAAUACAAAGGAGGAAGAUGAAUCUGUUGAAGACGAGCUGCCGUCAAUCAAGAACGAGGAUGGAGAAGGGGAAGAGGCAGCAACAGGUGGAGCUGGGAUGAACACUCGGAAAACAGAGGACGGCGUCAUGGAAGAAGUAGAUGGCUACGUUGAGGAUGACGAUGUGGAUGACAUUGCGAGCGAGGAGGAAGAUGAGAGCAACGAGGAGGAAACGGAGAAAGACGAGCUGGAGAUGCUGGAAGAAGGAUUGGAAACCUGGACGGAUUCCGACUCCGAAGCAAUCAUAUGGCCAGCUGAGACGCUGGAGUCUCUGGCAAUGGCAGUGGAGGACCAGCUGACGCACCUGAAGAAAACAGCAACAGAGGGAAUGAACAACGGAUUGAACAACAGCAGCAGGGAAAGCGAAAGCGAAAGCGAAAUCAUCAUCGAAGAAGAACAAGAAGACAACAAAGAAGAACAAGAAGACACCAAAGAAGAACAAGAAAACAACGACUACGAAUACAACGACGCGGGCGAAUUGCUGGAGAAACCGAUGAUGAUGGUGAAUGGCCAGAUAGCUGAACUGAUUAGCAGGAGGAUCUGGAUUUUCCCCAUGAUCAUGCUGCUGCUAGUCAUGGUUCUGUUCCUCCUGCUCACUCGCAGGAAUCCAUCGUCCUACUACCAAUCAAAUGCCAUCUGAUCUGAGUAAAAAUCUUUGAUCCGGUCUUCUAAGUUAUGGUAGACAAAGUAGCAGCCAUGUCUACUUGGCUGUGUAUCGUCUUAAAAAUGUAUUCAAAGGAGUUUGAGAAAACGUCUCCUCCACCCCAGCCUUGAAGUUUUGCCUGUAAUUUUCAGUUUCUACUCUUUAUGUAUUUUUUUUUUAUGUACAAAUAAUUAUAAAACAAUGUGAAUAUAUAAAACUUGCUACAAAGACUCUUCCUGACUUUAUCACACAGUCAGUGUGGAAGGUCUUUUCAGUAAUUUAAAUAACAAGAGCUUUUCAUUAUUAAAACUGUCCAUUUUUAGUUAAUGCUUUGUUGAAAGCUACUAUAGAUUAGUAAGUCAGCUAUGUACAUGUGAAAGAGUACAACAUGCGAGAUAUGUAAGCCAAGUCUCCAAAUAUAACUAACUAUUCAAUAGGAUUCAAAAAUUAAAAUUUGUCAUUAGUUUGUUACCUAUUUAUAAAAAGAAAAUAGCUUACAAUCA